AUGGCUGAAAUCAACGAUAAUAAAAACUACUCCGGUUCUAUUAGCAGCAAUCGGAUCUGUUCACCACCAUCGGGAAAAUUGGCUCGUAUCUUAACACGAAUUCUACAAGUCGCUAUUGCUUAUGGCUUAUUAUGGUCUAUCUUGGGCAAGGAAGCGUUACCAGGUGGUAAUAUCUUCUCCUUAUUUGUGGUGAUAACCGCUUCAGCUUUAGGUGGAUUUAUUGUAGCCAAAUUGAAAGGUCCAGCAUUGCUUGGCAUGUUGGUGGUUGGCUUUACAUUGCGUAAUGCGCCCACAAUUAAUGUUGCUAAAAGUAUCGAUCCAAAAUGGUCGGGUACACUGCGAGCCAUGGCUUUAGCCGUAAUUCUAACACGAGCGGGAUUAGGUUUGGACUGGAAAGCUCUAAUCCAUCAAAAAUUUACUGUUUUACGUGUUGCAUUCCUUCCUUGCAUAUGCGAAACUGUAGUAGAUGCAAUUGUUGCUCGAUACGUGAUGGAUUUACCGUGGCUUUGGGGAAUUAUGCUAGGAUUUGUUAUGGCUGCAGUUUCACCUGCUGUAGUCAUUCCGACUUUAUUAUCACUACAAGAACGCGGUUAUGGUGUCAAUAAGGGGAUUCCCACAUUGGUUAUUGCCGCAGCAUCGAUCGAUGAUGUUUUUGCCAUCAGUGGCUUUGGAGUUUUCCUUGGUAUCGCUUUUUCUACAGGCGACAUCAUAUUUAACAUAUUUCGUGGUCCGGUGGAGAUAUUAGUAGGAAUUGCUUUCGGUGUAGUAGCCGGUAUAGUCUGUUGGUUCUUCCCUAACAAUGAUGAAGAUGGCGUAUCACGAAAUCGAUUUGUGUUAUUGCUGAGUCUUAAUAACUUAUUUAUAUUUGGUAGUCGUGCUGUAGAAUUUUCAGGUGCAGGUGCUCUGGCAGCUUUAGUUUGCUCUUUUGUAGCUGCUAUGCAAUGGAGAACUACUAAAGAAACAGUUGAACAUAGCAUUGACAUUCUAUGGCAAUUAUUUCAGCCAAUUCUCUUUGGUCUAAUUGGAGCUGAAGUUGAUAUUAAUUUUCUUACUGGUAGUAUUAUUGGAGGAAGUUUCGCUGUGUUAUCUGCUGGAUUAGCAAUUAGGGUCGUAGUUACCUACAUUGGUGUAUCACAUAACGAUCUUGCAUGGAAAGAGAAAUUGUUCGUAGCAAUUGCUUGGCUACCUAAAGCAACAGUUCAGGCAGCUAUUGGAUCUAUUGCCCUGGAUACUGCUAGAUUAAGGGGCAAUGAUCCUGAUGACCUUCGUCGUGGGAACGUUAUUUUAACCAUUGCAGUUUUAAGUAUCUUAAUCACAGCCCCUUUAGGAGCAGCUCUUAUUGUAUUAAUGGGUCCUAAAUUAUUGCAUCACACUCCAGUUGCAAUAGAUUCCAGCAGUAGCGAAACAAAUAGUCAUCGAUCUAAAAAUAUCUACUGGAAUUGGUCAGCGCUUCGGCCAGAACACUUGACUGUUUGA